UUACCCUUUGGAUUACUAGUUUAGUUGGAGAGGAGUGUGCAGGUUUAGCAAUAGCAAUGACUGAUAGCUAGCUGGUCUCGGAAUUAAUGCUUUGGCAUGGAUUGGGACAAACCGUAUAAUACUGUAGGCUGCUAAUUCAGUUUUACUGGGAGUAGCCAGCUAAUGAAUCUAGCUAACACGUACCUGGCCAGUUAAGCAGAAGGCUAAAGUAGAUAGCUAAGAUAACUGGGAUUUCGUAAGUGGCUAAGCAAUUUUUAAUAAGUGGGCACGACUAAGAUAGCGUUAGGUUAGCUAGCUUCCAAGCUAAUAGUUAGCCGCUGUCAUCAAGUUUGUGGAAAUAUGGAUUUCAACGUUAGAAGAUUGGCAGCAGACGCUGGCACCUUCCUCAGUCGUGCAGUACAGUUCACAGAGGAAAAGCUCCGGCAGACGGAGAAAACCGAGCUGGAUGCUCACCUGGAGAACCUGCUCAUGAAGGCAGAAGCUACCAAACACUGGACAGAGAAAGUCAUGAGACAGACAGAAGUCUUGCUGCAGCCCAACCCAAAUGUCAGGAUGGAGGAGUUUCUUUAUGAGAAGCUGGACAGAAAGGUCCCGACACGAGCAAACAACCAUGAGCUGCUCGGGGAGUGUCUGAUUGACGCAGGUCAUGAGGUUGGGCCUGGAACAGCAUACGGCAGCGCGCUCAUUAAAUGUGGAGAAACAGAAAAACAGCUCGGCGGCGCUGAGAAGGAGUUCAUCCAGGCCUCUGCCAUCAACUUCCUCACCCCCUUCAGGAGCUUCAUUGACGGAGAUUACAAAACCAUCUCGAAAGAGCGUAAGCUGCUACAGAACAAGCGUCUGGAUCUGGAUGCAGCUAAAACCAGGCUAAAGAAGGCACGAGCUGCAGAAGCUCGGUCUGCUGAUCUUAACAGCAGCACCCCGCUGCCAGAGGAGUACGUGACUCCCUUUUCUUACACGCUGAGCUUCUUGCAUGUCAGAUGGCUGAAGCUGUGGGCUCAGGAAGUCCAGCAGGCAGAGUCAGAGCUGAGGAUCUCACAGAGUGAGUUUGACCGGCAGGCCGAGAUCACCAGGUUGCUACUAGAGGGCAUCAGUAGCACUCAUGCACAUCACUUGCGGUGUCUCAACGACUUUGUGGACGCUCAAGCCACCUACUACGCACAGUGCUACCAGUACAUGGUGAACCUUCAGAAACAACUUGGGAGUUUCCCUUCCACAUUCGUCUCCAACAACAACCAGGUUUCGGCGGGCCUCAGCGCUGGUGGCUCGGUGCCUACCCCAGUGGCCGCAGGCACUCUGAGAGCGGGAGCGGGCAUGGGAUGUGCCCAGGUCUCGCCAGCCCUCAGUGAGCUGCGGGCCUCCUGUGGUCCACGGCGUGCCCGCGUGCUCUACGACUAUGACGCGGCCGGCAGCAGCGAGCUGUCCCUGCUCGCUGACGAGGUAAUCACAGUGAGCAGUAUGCCUGGCAUGGACUCCGAUUGGUUGAUCGGGGAGAGGCGCCAUCAGAAAGGCAAAGUGCCCAUCACCUACCUGGAGCUUCUCAACUAGGAGCCCAGUGGUACAGCAUUACACUCCAAAUGAUUUCAAAUUUGAAAGCAAUUCCUGUUUGCCAUCUUGGUGUGUCAUUUCAUGUAGUACAAAGCAAUCCUCUACAACAUUUACAGAAAUGUGUGCCUAAUUUGCCAUUUAUGAGGCCUAUAAGUGGUCUUAUAGUUAAAAAAAAAAAAGGGAAAAAAAGCCAUUUUUCUUUUCAUUCAUGUGCCAACUAGAUUUUCUUUUUGUACUCUAUACUAUUGAACUAACUCAGAUUGACAUGUGUUUUCACCCUUUAAUAAAUAUAUCAACAGAUUUUGUUGCUCUA